AAGAAAUGUGAUAAGACUCAAAUGCUGUUUAUGUUGAAGGGGUUAUAAUAUAAAUACAUCAAAAGCUUAUCCCAUCAAAGCAUCCUCUAUCAAUUUCUGGUUUUUUUUCUCUGUUUCUCUCUAUUUGUGUUGCUGCUGUUCUUCAUCUUUCUGCUUGAAUAUGGGUGGAUUCCUUCAUCAACCUUGUUCUGUUGCUCUGUGCCAAGGGUUCCAUGAAGAGUCGGAAGAUCAAUGGGGCAAGGGCGGUGAGUAUCACUACAACCUUGCCUCUUCCACAUCUUCCUUCGAAGAUUCAAGCAAUUCGUCGGAUGAUGCGUGUUCAUCCACUUCAAAUUCUUCAUCUCCAUCCAUUGGAGCGUUGGAGGAUUUUACAGAGCUUUUUGCCCAACUCCCGAUCAAGAGAGGACUGUCCAUGUUCUAUGAAGGGAAAUCCCAGUCGUUUACAUCGCUAUCAAGCGUAAGAAGCAUAGAAGACCUUCCGAAGAAGAGAAGCCCUUACAGCAGUAGAUUGAGCGGAUGUAAGAGCUAUGCAGGAGGGUUGGACACCCACAAAUGUGCUGCUUAUACUCUUCCCAAGGCUCCCAGUUUUAAGAAGGCAUCAUCGUCAUCCAAGAAGAUCUCUGUCUCUUGUCCCGGUUAUGAGAGGCAGUGAUUUGGUUGGUUGGUUGGUUGUGAUAGCUUUCCAUUUCUGUAUAUGAUGUCUGAGUAGUAGGUUUACAGCAUUAAAUUGGCCCAUUUUUGUUGGGAAUUUUGGUUGUACAAUAGGGGAAUGAUUGAUAUUGAUCUAAACUAUUAUGGAGUUCA